AGUCCAGCAGGCAGUUUUGUUCAGUGUUGUUCAACGGUCCGUUGAGCGUCGGGAAGAAGCGGGAUCUUUACUGGGAGAAAUGGCUUGAAUGGCCGGCGAGUAAGACACAUUUUCCCGUUUCAUCGGGUGAACGUUUUAACUUUGGAGGUUUUAAAUCCUGACGAAUUGCCUUUACCAAGUAAGGAACUAUGGCAAACGUGAAAGUCGCCAUUCGAGUUCGCCCUCUCAACGCAAGGGAAAGCGUGGGUGGAGGGAGGCUAGCUGUCCAGGUAGAGGACAAGUUGGUGAGGAUAAAGAAUACCAAGCUGGAUGGACGUCACGACGGCCCUGGGGAAUCCAGGGAGAAGGUGCUGGAGUUUGGUUUUGACUACUGCUACUGGUCUGUUGCCCCAGAGGAACCACACUACGCCUCACAGGAAGAGGUAACGAGUCCUGAGACCUGAACUUCGACUGUAGUUCCUCGACUGUAGUUCCAGGUCCUGCCAAACCUGGGCCCUUCUGUACACCAACUCUUCAAACUCCCGCACCGCUAGAGAUUCCACAUCGGCUACAAUUGUUUAGUUACAGUGUUUUUGUGUCAUGUUUUGUGCCUUCUGGGUGAAGGCAGCCCCAGUCAUCUGCGUGUCAGGCAGCCUGGGGACGUUGGGUAGGGUGUGCAAUCACAACCACUGGGCCGUGUUCAAUAGGGCAUUUAAACGAAAACGAAAAUUAGGGUUUCUAUUUGUACAAAUCCAGGUAGUCACUCCCUGUUUUUUCCCCUUUGGUGCCUAAUGAACAUGACGCUCGUCUGAAGGAAGAGCCCAGGGGAAUUAACACUGUCGUCCCCCCACUAAAGGGAUAGGAUAUCAGCUCCAUCUGUUCUCCAGAGUUCUGUUGAGCAUCACGUUUCCUUUUAUGUCUCUGUGAUUGGCUGAUUAGAUCUGUUUGUGUUUCUCUGAUUGGUGGGUGCUACCUUUUUCCUGGUACUGAGCGGAGGAGGAGCCAGAAUAAGACCCACCCCCUCGGAACACAGACUAGUGGACAUCGUUUCUCUUAUCGCGCCACGGCAGGAAAAUGUACUACAACAUUGUGUCAUGUUAGUUAGGGUUCCAUUUAUAGAACUCAAACUUGAUGAAUGCUGCAUUGUCUUGCAGCUCUGAUUCCCGGCUGAUUUAUUUACAAACCAACAUUUCAUCAAGGACAAGCUAUGCAAGCAGUGUAGCAACAUGGGGAAAAGUCUUCACCCACCCGGCCUGGUCUAGAUGUCCCACAGUGUUGUUCUGGUCUCUGUCAGUGGAGACUGUGAAGACUUUCUGCUUCUCAAUUCAAUUGAAUGGCUUUAUUGGCAUGGGAAACAUAUGUCAACAUUGAUCUUUAUUGGCAUGGGAAACAUAUGUCAACAUUGAUCUUUAUUGGCAUGGGAAACAUAUGUCAACAUUGAUCUUUAUUGGCAUGGGAAACACAUGUCAACAUUGAUCUUUAUUGGCAUGGGAAACAUAUGUCAACAUUGAUCUUUAUUGGCAUGGGAAACAUAUGUCAACAUUGAUCUUUAUUGGCAUGGGAAACAUAUGUCAACAUUGAUCUUUAUAGGCAUGGGAAACAUAUGUCAACAUUGAUCUUUAUUGGCAUGGGAAACAUAUGUCAACAUUGAUCUUUAUUGGCAUGGGAAACAUAUGCCAACAUUGAUCUUUAUUGGCAUGGGAAACAUAUGUCAACAUUGAUCUUUAUUGGCAUGGGAAACAUAUGUCAACAUUGAUCUUUAUUGUCAUGGGAAACAUAUGUCAACAUUGAUCUUUAUUGGCAUGGGAAACAUAUGUCAACAUUGAUCUUUAUUGUCAUGGGAAACAUAUGUCAACAUUGAUCUUUAUUGGCA